CCAGGCCGGACGCGCCGCUCCUCUCACUCCGCCGCCGCCAUGUUGGAAGGCCGCCGCGCUGGGCCGCGCUCCGCCCCCGUUCCCUUGGCAACAAGCCCCGCCCCCCGUUCCCUUAGCAACAAGCCCCGCCCCCUCAAUACUAUUGGUCCCGCCGAGCACCCGUGUGGGGGGCGGGCAGAUGAGAGAGCUCGACCAAUCGUAAGGAGGCUGAGCGAGAUUGGCGUUGGCACUGACCAGCCACAGCGCGGCGGGUGGGGCGGAAAAUCCGCACGGCGCGGAGGAGAGCGGAGGCUGGAGGACUGUCCAUCCCGCAGGAUGUCGCUCCGCGCUGUACUGAGGACCGCAGCCUCGCUGCGCGGCUGCGUCCUCGGGGCGCCGCCGACCGCCGCCAUGGCUACGCUGAACCAAAUGCACCGACAGGGCCGGCCUAAGCCGCCGCCUCCCAAGCUGGGGCCCACCUUCGGCCGCCCGCAGCUGAAGGGGGUGGUGGUGAGGAACCUGAUCCGCAAACCCAAGAAGCCCAACUCAGCCAACAGGAAAUGCGUGCGGGUGCGGCUGAGCAACGGACGGGAGGUGGUGUGCUUCGUGCCGGGCGAGGGCCACAACCUACAGGAGCACCACGUGGUGCUGGUGCAGGGCGGCCGCACGCAGGACCUGCCUGGGGUGAAGCUGACCGUCGUGCGGGGGAAGUACGACUGCGCCCACGUGCAGAAAAAGAAGUGAGCGCGGCCGAAGGAUCCCUGCUUAUACAUUCAUUAAAGCCUUGCGUUCCCGGA